AUGAAGAAGAGCCGCAGCGUACUGUCAGUAACUGGAGAAGAGGUGAGGUGCCAUAAUGAACUGGACGCUCCCAAAACAGUUGGCGGAGGGGAAAAGGCGGAGUCGCCACGCUACAGCAGAUCCUACACGUCCGGGGCUACACUGGGGGCGGAGCUACGCAGGGGGAGGAGCAGGAGACUCUCGUCGAGUCUACAGGUUCCCUGCUGGCUUCGCCCUCGUGACCGCACUCGCUCGCCAGAAAUCCUUGGCAAUAUGUCGCGUCCCACAACGCUGCCUCUUCGCAUUCCGCCGCGCAUCUCCAUCACGCAAGCAGACGCCGACAGUUAUGACGGAGAAAACGGUGUCUCCCCCGCUCACACGCCGCUGGGCUCGCAGAGUCCGGGACUCACGCUCAACACGUCCUUCCCCCAGAGCCAGAGGAGGGAGUCCUUCCUCUACCGCUCGGAUUCGGACUACGACAUGUCGCCCAAGACCGUUUCGCGAAACUCAUCAUUGGCGAGUGAAGGACACACAGGGGAGGACUUCAUCGUUACACCUUUUGCUCAAGUUCUGGCCAGUCUGCGAUCGGUCCGGAGCAAUUUUACCAUCCUCGCUAACGUCUCCACUCCAACAGUCAAGAGGUCUCCGCUGGGCGGAGUAUGCGUCAGUCCCAGAGCCACGCUGUCGGACCAGCAGUACCAGCAGCUCGCCUUGGACACACUGGAAGAACUGGACUGGUGUUUGGACCAACUGGAAACCAUCCAGACGCACCGUUCUGUCAGUGAGAUGGCGUCAAACAAGUUCAAGAGGAUGCUGAACAGAGAGUUGUCCCAUUUGUCUGAGAUGAGCCGUUCGGGUAACCAAGUGUCAGAGUACAUCUCCAGCACCUUCCUGGACAAGCAGAAUGAAGUGGAGAUCCCUUCCCCGACUUUAAAAGACAAGCCAAUGAGUCAAAUCAGUGGCGUGCGGAAACUGUCGCACAGUUCCAGCCUGUCCAGCACCUCCAUGCCUCGCUUCGGGGUCAACACCGACCAUGAGGACGAGCUCGCAAAGGAGUUAGAAGAUUUGGACAAGUGGAGCUUUAACAUAUUUCAAGUUGCUGAAUUCUCCAAUAACAGACCUCUAAGCUGUAUCAUGUAUACCAUCUUUCAGGAGCGAGAGCUUCUGAAGACCUUCCGCAUCCCCGUUGACACCUUCGUCACUUACGUGAUGACCCUUGAGGACCAUUACCACGGCAACGUAGCGUACCACAACAGCCUCCACGCCGCCGACGUCACCCAGUCCACUCACGUUCUCCUCUCCACGCCUGCCCUUGACGCCGUCUUCACCGACCUAGAGAUCCUCGCCGCACUCUUCGCCGCCGCCAUCCACGACGUGGACCAUCCUGGAGUUUCCAAUCAGUUCCUCAUCAACACCAACUCCGAGCUGGCCCUGAUGUACAAUGAUGAGUCAGUUCUGGAGAACCACCAUCUGGCAGUGGGCUUCAAGCUCCUCCAUCAGGAUAACUGUGACAUCUUUCAGAAUCUCACCAAGCGGCAGAGGCAGAGCCUCCGCAAGCUCGUCAUCGAUAUCGUUCUGGCCACAGACAUGUCCAAACACAUGACCUUGCUGGCAGACCUGAAGACCAUGGUGGAGACAAAAAAGGUGACCAGUUCUGGGGUGCUCUUGCUGGAUCACUACAAUGAGCGCAUUCAGGUCCUGAGGAACAUGGUACACUGUGCUGACUUGAGCAACCCCACCAAGCCGUUACCGUUGUAUAGACAAUGGACGGAGCGGAUCAUGGAGGAGUUCUUUCGCCAGGGCGACAAAGAGAGGGAGCGCGGCAUGGAGAUCAGCGCCAUGUGCGACAAACACACCGCUUCUGUGGAGAAGAGUCAGGUGGGCUUCAUCGACUACAUCGUCCAUCCGCUUUGGGAGACGUGGGCCGACCUGGUGCACCCUGACGCCCAGGAGCUUCUGGACACGUUAGAGGAGAACCGCGAGUGGUAUCUGACCACCAUGCCUCAGUCUCCGUCACCUCCUCCGGACAGACACUUGCAGCACGACCGAUUCCAGUUCGAGAUCACGUUGGAGGACCUGGAGCACAACAACCACAACCACGUACACGCUAGGAUUGGCCCGCAUGGUCAGAGAGCUGCGUGUCUUGACUGUCGAGAAGAGAGUGAGGAUGAGAAGAACCACAACCGGGAGCAGAAUGGAGUUAGUGAUGAGGAUGAGGAGAAGGAGAAAGAGGACGAGGAAGUAGACACUGAAAAAGAAGCAGAGGAGGAGGAGACAAAAGGAGGGGAAGAUGAAGAAAAUCUGGAUGAAGAUGGCACUUUGGAGGAAGCAGAGGAAAGUGCGGACGGAGAAGUCGACCAUGUGGAGGAAGAAGAUGGAAAUGCUGAGGAGGCGGAAGAUGAAACAGUUGAGACUGAGGAGGAGAAUGCCAAAGAAGAACAUGAAGUUGCAGAAGAGGAGCAACAAGAACAUGUUGAAGAAGUAACGGAAAAUGAGGUGGAAGAGGAAAAAAACGCUGAGGAGGAAGCAGAAGUUGAAGAAGAGAAGGAUGGAGAAGAAGACGAGGAAGAAGAAGAGAGUUAA